AUGUUCAGGCCGUUGUUAAUAAGUUCAAAUAAUGUGAUGAAACAGGGUGCUCUUCGGUACCUAAGAAGGCUCCAUGAAAAUGCAAUACCUAAUUCUAAACGUAAGGAAAAUGAUGGAGAGUUUCAGGAUUUAAAUGAGAUGUACAGUGAUAUGUUUACGCCGAACCAAGGAACUCAACAUCAAAAUGACGGUCCAUCCGUCAAAUCAGAGAUUGACGAACUUAAUGCCGAACUUUCAAGCAUGAAUAAUUUCAAUUUUGAGAAAUUAAGUUGUGAGAAGCUCCAGCAGAUUACAUUAAAGGACGGUAAGUUUAUAUUGCGCAGUCUAUCAAUAAAUCCAUAUUAUAACUUGGCAUUGGAAGACUACAUUUUUAGAAAUACACCAAUUGAUAUCAAAGAUGAAGAAAAAUUCCAAAGUCAACGCUUACUAUUCUAUAUUAACGAUAAAUGUGCUGUCAUAGGUAAGAAUCAAACAAUAUGGAAAGAACUUUACUUGGGAAAUUUAAUUAAGAAAGGUUUUGAGGUUCUUCGAAGAUUAUCUGGAGGAGGUGCAGUAGUACAUGAUCUGGGGAACGUAAACUACUCUUUUUUAACUUCAAGAGACAAGUUUAAGACCAGUUUCUUUAAUGAGUUGCUAGUAAAAUCGAUGAGUCAAAUUGAUAGGUGCUCUUCCGUCACCUUGAAUAAACGUGGAGAUAUCACCUAUAUGGGUAAGAAGUGCAGUGGGAGUGCCUUUAAGAUUGCUCGAGGAAAGGCGUAUCAUCAUGGAACAAUGCUUGUGAGCGCAAAUUUGUCCAGCUUCCAUGGUUUAUUAAAGCCGGACCAUGUUAACGGUAUAGAGUGGAAAUGUAAUAGUGUAGAUAGUGUACGGUCAGAAAUAACUAACAUCCCUCUAUCUUCUCCUCAAGAAUUUAUCGAUCUCUGUAUUGAAGGUUUCCAACGUGAGUUUUCCAGUGAAGAUCAAGAAGAAAUUCCAAUAUACUAUUGCGAUGAGGAAUCGGCAACGAAUAGUCAAAUAAAAGAAACUAUGAAGACACUGGAAGAUGAUCACUGGAAGUAUUUCUCUGGUCCUAAAUUUACGCUCACAUUAGAAUCUAAUCAGCAUUAUGUUUCUGUUGAGAAAGGUCUGGUAGUGCAGAGUAAUAAUCCCUUAUUAAUCGGGAAAUCAUUUAAAGAAGUAGCUGAAACAGAACCCUUCAAGACAAAACUGUAA